AUGCGUUACAUUUGCGCAGUACCUUUUGAUUUCUCAGGGGAAGAAGUAGUUUCUUCACUCACUUUGGCCGCAUAUAAAAUAGAGUGGCGGGUUGAGCGAGCUGGGCGUUGUUACGAGGAAAAAUGCCAACAGUAUAUUAACCCGAGUUAUUCCCCGAGUCCCUCGCCACUUUCGAGUGAUGUUUCCAUUUCCGAAAAUGACGAGAAGAAGGCAGGUGACUCAGAUUUUAGUCGUAAAUUCAAGCCCCAUGUGAAAAAUAUUGCAAAAGGUGAUUAUUAUGGGCUUUUAGGGUUAGGUACCGUCAGAUAUGAAGCAACAGAAGAUGACAUUCGUCAAGCUUACAAGAAGAUGUGUUUGAUUCAUCAUCCAGACAAGAAUGGAGGGGAUGAUACUAUGUUUAAACAACUUCACGAGGCUUACGCGAUUCUCUCGAGUCCUGAUAAGAGAAAAGCAUAUGAUAGCACUGAUGAUACAGACGACACAAUUCCUUCAGACAAAACGUAUUCUGAAAAGGACUUUUACGCAGUGUUUGGUGCCGUUUUCAAGAAGAAUUCGAAGUGGUCGUUGAUCAAACCCGUCCCACAACUUGGCGACGACUUAACGACAGACGCCGAAGUGAUUUCCUUCUACAACUUUUGGUAUGGAUUUAAGACGUGGAGAGAAAUGGCACCGGAGGAGAUGUAUGACAUUGAUGAGGCAACGUGUCGAGAAGAGCGGCGGUGGAUGAACAAAGAAAAUGAAAAGAAGACGACUAAACUCCGUAAAGAGGAAGCUAAACGGAUAUGGCGACUUGCUGAAUUAGCGCACAAGAAAGACCCCCGAGUCAUCAAAAUGAAGCAACGCGAAAUCGAAGAGCGAGAACGGCUUAAAAAGGAGAAGAGUGAUCGCAAGAAGGAGUUACUACGACAGCGCGAGUUGGAACGAAUUGCUCUUGAGAAUGAAAGAAAACGGAUACUUGAAGAAGAACAACGACAGAAAGAAGAAGCCGAGAAAGAGAAGCUUCGCGCGCGCGAGCAGAUUGAAACGAUAGUUUUAAAGAGUCGAAAAGUCCCCGAAGAAUUGAAUUGGGCAUUGAAUAACGUUGUUGUUCAAUUUGAAGAAGGUGAACUGCACACAUUAGUUCAAAUGCAAGAGAAGUCUGUGAUCGAAUUUGUAGUGAAAAAAGUGGAUGAAUAUAUCAAGAAAAAGAAAGCGGACGAAGAGAAAUAUCUCUCGAGAAAUGUCUUGGACGAGUGGAGUUCCGCAGACGUCGAGUUGUUCAAAAAGGGGUGCAAAAAAUAUCCACAAGGCACGGAGAGGAGAUACGGCAGAAUUGCAAUGUAUAUGAAAACAAAAAACGAAUUCCAAGUCAUCGAAUAUGCAAAGGCUUUGAAUGCAAAAAUGCAUAGCAAAGAGGAACAAAAAGAAGAGGUUCUCGAAUGGGAAAAAGAACAACAAAUUGCUUUACAAAACGCAAUCAAAGAACUCGCUGGGUAUAAAGGGUCUGACAAAUGGGAUAAAAUUGCACUAAAAGUUACUGGGAAAACUAAAAAACAGUGUAUCGAAAGAGUGCAAUACCUCAAGAAGCUUGCAAAUGAAAGAAAAAUGGCGAACUAG